ACCCACUCGUUUUAAUAAACAUGUUAAUAAACAUCCUGUUAAAUCUACAAAUACUACACAAACUCCGGCAUGUCAAGCACGUGAAUGUUGUAAUUCAUGUAUUAGCGAUCAAACUUGUUUUGAAUGGUACUUUAAUCCUAUUAAUAGUGUAUGUGCUUUUGUAACUAGUAAUCCAUGCUCAGGUGCAACAUAUUCAAUAAGCUGUAUUGGUCUUGAAGGUGGAAGUGUUCGUUGUAAUGAUGGCA